AUGCUAUGCGACGUGCCGCCCAACCAGCACCAGCCCCCGGCACCUGCAAUCCUGCAGGGCGACUGCAGCCCAACCAAAUGGCGUCGAGAUGCCGUGCACGAGCCCGCCAUUGGCAAGGCGCUGCAGCCCGGACACGACGGCAAACGCCGGCAGGGCGCAGGCGACGUGCGAUCGCCGGCGGUGCGCCGCGCCGCCGUGCACGGCGACCAAGGGGCUACGCCUCAGCUCACUGUGCCGGCCAUGCGUGGCGCUGCUGUGGGUGACGCGCCGGCCACGCCGCAGGAGUGUGCCACAAUGAUUGAGGCGGUCGAGGCGGCGGUGAUCAGUGCGGCCGCUGCAGAGGCCGCAGCGACACCAGUCUCAGGCCCGGCAGCCGCACCCAACCUGCAUGCGUGGAUGCAAAGCGCUGGUGCACAGGCCGGCCCUGCGCCAACGCCAGCGCGGCAUGAGCUCGCUGGGCUGAUCGAUGCGGCUGCAGAGGGCAGGCAGCUGCGCAAGGAGAUUGAGCUGUUGAGGGAGGCAGAGCUGGACAUUGCAGCGAGGGAGGCAGACGAGGCUGCGCGCACCUUCAGCAUGCUGGAGGAGGAGAACCUGGGAUUGUCGGCGGCCAACGAGGAGCUUCAACGCAUGCUGGAGGAGGCCCAGGCACGCGCAGACGCGGCCAGGACAGCUGCGGUGCAGGCCGAGGCUGAGGCAGCAGCUGUGAAGCAGCGGCUUGAGGAGCAGCUGCGGCGCCAGCAGCAGCAGCAGCAGCUGCAGCAGCAACAGCAGCAGCAGCAGCUGCAGCAGCAACAGCAGCAGCAGCAGCAGCAACAGCAGCAGCUGCCAAUCAGAGCUCCCGGCGUGUGCCCGUCCAAUGCGGCCGAGGAGGAGCCUCUUGAGAGCAGCAUGCGGCGGCUCCUUGAGCGGGCGGCGGCGGCGCGGCGCCAAUCCGAUGCGUGGCAGGCGGAGCAGGUGGAGGCGUUCCGUGCGUUGGAGGCGGCGGAGCACCACCUGCAGCACGUGGAGGCGACAGUGGGCCCCGUAGUGCAGCAGGUCGGCCGUGGUCAGGCGGCUGUGUCGUCCUGUGCGGCAGUGGGCAGUGCUCAUGCGGCCGCAGCGCCGUUGCUGGUGGAGGCGCAGGCGGCAGUGCAGGCGGCAGCGGUGGCGGCGAGCGACGUGUCGGAGCGGCUGCGCGGGGUGCUGGCGGAGCGCGAUGCGCUGCAGGGCGAGCUGCGCGCGCUGCAGCGGCGCGCAGAGGCGGCGCCGCUGGCACGGCGUGACGAGCGCCUGCUGGCACAGCUCAAGGAGUCGCGCGCCUCGCUCCGUGACGAGCGUGCGGCGCGUGCAACAGUCACCGACGCGCUGCUGGGCCAUGCGGGCCGCUUGCGCCGCAAGUACCGCCACCUUGAGGGGCGGUACGACGACCUUGUGGCGCAGUACACUCAGAUGCAUGCUGCCAACGACGCGUUGUCAGGCCAGCUGCGCGAGGCGCACGAGGUGCUGUACCGCCUGCAGGCCGCCAGCCACCGCGCCCUGGAGGCCACGCCUCCGGGCGCCGGCGCGCGGCGGCGUGAGGCCGAGAAGAUGCUUCGGCAGCUGCAGGAUGCCCACGAGGUGCGGCUGGCGGCAGGGUAG